AUGAGAAUUUUGAUGUAUGCAAGAAGAUUUGAAAAAAAAUGUGGAUUGCCCGCAUUGGGUUGCAGUCAUGAUUGCGAUCUUUCGUCAGAGAAAUGCAUAUGCUCUGCUGGUAUGACUUUAGGUGGAAUAGGAGGCAAAACUUGUGUAUGGAAUGAAGAUUUCAUUGAAAAUGGUGAUCUUCCGCUGACUCCAGAAUUUGCAUACAUAGUUCGGUUAUUGAUUUUCUACAGACAAGAGUUGAUGCUAGUUAGCACAAUGGAAGAAAUUGUUCCAUUGGAUAAAACUGAAAGUGAGAAGGAGGCCGAUGAUGCAUUGAAGCAAUUUGAAAACAAAGACAAAAAUCUCGAACAUGUUCUUCUGAUGAUUCUUGAGAAUUACAGAGAGGAUCAAUCCAUUAGAAAAGAUUUAGACUCUCCGGAUGCAAUGCAAGAUAAAAUUACAGUUGCACAGGCUAUAUCAUACCAAGAAAUAAUUUCGCUUGAGAAAUUAAUACAAAACACUCAAGAAAUAGACAAGAUAUUAGACGAGGUUGAAGGUAAAAGUGAAGCUGACACACAAAAAGUUUCAAUCAAUGAAAAGCUUUUGGAAGUCACAGCCAAAUCAAGACUGAUGAUGGCCAUGCAGAAAAUCAAAUCACAACUCGGGAAACGUGAUGGUGAGAGAUAA